AGACAGAUCUGUUCGACCUGGACUGUGAGAAAAUGUUACUCACUGUGGUGUUGUGUUUACCUGUAAUUUUCGUCCCGUGGAGCGACUCAUUACCGACGAGACGACAGCCGGGUCCAGUCAACAACCGACCGAUUAUUGGAAUUUUAACUCAAGAAGUAGAAGAUGAUGUGAUGAAGCCGUUUGGAAAGACCUACAUCCCUGCUUCCUAUGUAAAGUAUAUAGAGUCAGCGGGAAGUAGAGUGGUACCUAUCAGGUUGACUCAGAGUACUGCCGCGUAUGAGAACAUUUUCAAGUCGAUUAAUGGGCUGCUGCUCAUCGGAGGUUCGUCAGAUCUCGAGACGUCAGACUUUGCAAAGGUGGCAGGGAUCUUCUUCAGGCUUGCACUCAAGGCCAAUGAUGCUGGAGACUCCUUCCCUAUCUGGGGCACAUGUCUGGGGAUGCAACUGCUGACUUGUCUGGUGGCUGGAGAGAACCUGCUGACCAAAACCACAGCUGAGAACAUGGCCCUUCCCCUGAACCUCACCAAAGAGGCCCAUUCCAGUCAAAUGUUCCAGGGGUUCCCCAGUGAUGUCAUGAAGGCAUUAUCCCAGGAAGCUUUGACAGGGAAUUUUCACCAAUAUGGAGUGACCAUGAAGACAUUCAAGGAAAAUGAGAAGUUACAAAGUUUCUUCUCCAUCUUGUCCACAAACACAGCUGAGAAUGGUGCCAUCUUUGUCUCAACCAUGGAAGGGAGGACCUACCCCUUCUAUGGGGUCCAGUGGCAUCCUGAGGUGAACCGUUUCCAGUGGGACCCCAAACUCAACUUCCCCCACUCCUCAGACGCUGUACGCGUUGCCUCCCUACUGGCUGAGUUCUUUGUCAAUGAAGGGAGGAGAAGUUUGCAUCACUUCGACCAGCCUGAGGAAGAGGCCGAGUCACUCAUAUACAACUACACACCAACCUACGCUGGCAACUUCACUGGAUACGAGCAGAUCUACUUCUUCUGAGAUGUUGAAGUUCUGCCCUCACAACUCUAUAAUUCAUCCCUGAUGUUAUUAUGGGAUGUUAUGAGAAGUUUACCAUGGGCACUAAUUGUUAGCUGUGACAUGUGACAUGUUCUGAAACUUCAUAUACAGACUUUUAGAAAUGUCGAGUGAUCAUUGCAGUUAAAAUGUUUUAUUAUAUGUAUAAUUGAACCACAUGAAAUUAUGAUUUUCCUGUAGGCUAAAUAAACCCCUUUAGGCCUAGUCACUGUAUGGUGGUUUAGUAGCUGGCCUACUUUGGCAUGAGAUUGAUGUUGGGCGUAAAUUCUUAUUGUUGAAAUGAAUUCAACCUUCUGGCCCAAUCUACACUGAACAAAAUAUAAACGCAACAUGUAAAGUGUUGGGCCCAUAUUUCAUGAGCUGAA